AUGACAUUGGUGGACCUCGUCAUGAUUGACAUUGGUGAAACACGGGAUGAAAAUGCAUGCACGUCGAGAUCUGUAAGAUCGGGACACGGAGGAGUUCCAACUAGUGCACCUGCGAAUGUUACUUUGCUUUUUGUGAAACCAAGCAAUGCCAUCGUACAGUGGAAAGAAAUACCUCGAAACCAGGUCAAUGGUGUACUUUUGGGGUACAGGAUAUUGAUAGAAUACUAUGACUAUUAUUCCUAUAAUCGGACGACCAUAACAACAAAUGAGACUGGUGUGAUUAUUGAAGAUCUACGUCCUGCUACUCUAUAUUGGAUGGAGAUAUACGGGUUUACUGCUAAAGGAAAUGGACCAUACAGUUACAAAUACUGGACUACAAGUUGUGGCRAAGACAUCGAGAAUCAUUCGCAAGGAACGAUUACAAGUCCAGACACUUUUAGAAGAUGGGUGACGGCUGAUUGUUCCUGGAAAAUAAAAGCUUCUUUCCAAAAAGCACUUAUUUUGAUUUUAUUUGAAAUAGUAGAUGUGCCAUUAUCUUUUCGCUGUGGCGAAAACUAUGUGACCCUUACAGAUGGGCAAGGGAAUGUGGCUGAUAAAAUAUGUGGAAUACGACAAUCAUUCACAUUCAUUUCGUUUGGUUCAGCUAUAGUGCAUUAUUACGUUCAUGAAAGAUGGACAUGGCGUCAACAAGCUACUAUGAAAGCAAGUUACUACAUCUUCGACGACGGCAUCGAAAGUGUACCUAUCAUUCCAAAGUGGAAUAUUUCUGCGCUUAGCAAAAAUUCAACAACGAUAGACGCCCAUUGGUCUGAUUAUCCAGAUAAAAGUGUAAGGGUUGAUAAAUAUAUGGCCAUAAGCACUUGGAAUACUAAUAUAACCGCAGAAACGACAAACGGCGAAGGUAGAAGUGCACAGCUUACAAACCUAUUUCCAUAUACGGAUUACAGCAUUCAGAUACUGGCUUUUAUUGGCAACUCUUCAAAUGCAAGUUUAGCUAAUUGGAAUGAAACAGUGAAAAGAAGCCAGGAAGUCAAAUUAACGACCCUUGAUGAUGUUCCUAGUAAAGCUCCUUUAAGUGUGCUUGCGCAAACGGCCGGUUUACAUAGCAUUCUCGUCGAAUGGCAGCACAUCCCUCGGCAGUUCAUUCACGGUGUUAUACUUGGAUACCGUAUUUACUAUCAAGUAGCUUGGUCGAGACWUUCCUUUAAUAGCACGUUUAUCAAGUCGAACAAGACUUCCAUUAUUCUCAAGGGACUUCAAAURUUUACUCAAUACCGUGUAGAGGUGGCGGGGGUUACAAGAAUUGGCGAAGGACCACGAAGUCGUGGGAUAUUUGCAAGAACAGGCUGUGACCAAAGAUUACCUGGAAGCUUUGGUACUUUUGCAAGUCCAAAUUACCCAGACAACUAUCCAAGUAACACUAAUUGUACGUGGACAGUAGGAAAAGAUCUGGCUUUCGAAGACUUAUACAUCGUCUUCAAUUCAUUCGAAUUAGAAGAAGGGCAUGGUUGCAGAAACGAAUUCGUAAACAUUAACGAUGAAAAAGRCAACUUGGUGCUAGAAAAGAGCUGCGGAAAUAAGGAUCCCUAUGGGAUCAACAUUGCCAAAAGAUACGCUGUGGUUAGAAUGCUGUCCGAUGGUGGUAUCGAGAAAAAAGGCUUCCAUGCAAAUUACUUCGUAAUUGAGGAAAAAUCAAAAGUUUUUACAACUCCAAAACCAGAAGAAACAGAGUCGCCAUCGCCAACCCCAACUGGUAAACUUCUUGAAAAUAAUUGUUCUUAA